AUUCCUAUCUUUGAAAUCUUCAAGUCUUUGCCACGGGAUUGACUAAUAAAUACUACUCCUAUAAUAUUUAGCCAAAUUGAGUAAAAACACUACAAAAUAAACCUCAUGUUGUAACACAACUUGCUUGCAGUCAGUGCACCAUCUUCAAUGGCUUCUUCUCCUAUCCCUAACCUCUUCCUCCUCCUCCUGUCUCUUUUGCCUUUUCUACCUAUUUUUUCUGCUUCCAACGUAACUCUGGGCUCAUCACUGUCCGCCAAUGGUAACAACUCUCCAUGGAUUUCACCUUCUGUGGAUUUUGCUUUCGGAUUCUACCAACUCAACAACACAAACACCUUCUUGCUUGCAAUAUGGUAUGCCAACAUACCCGACAAAACCAUCGUCUGGCACGCAAACACAACUAAUCCAGUGCAAGCAGGCUCAAAUGUUGAGCUUACCGCCAGUGGCCUCACACUAAAUGAUCCCAAUGGCCAAACAAUAUGGACGUCACAACCUAACGGCACCGUAUCAUAUGUCAAUCAGCCGAUAUUUACGUCGUGAAAGGGAAUGGAGGGGUUGUCCGACUCUCAUGGCAGAACAUCGCUCAAAACCCAAACAACUACUAUCGCGCAACGUUGGAUUUUGAUGGCGUUUUCAG